GAAUGGAAUGGAAUGGAAUGGAAUGGAAUGGAAUGGAAUGGAAUGGAAUGGAAUGGAAUGGAAUGGAAUGGAAUGGAAUGGAAUGGAAUGGAAUGGAAUGGAAUCUCUGCACAUCCAGGAUGAUGGGACAGGUGCCUGCCUGUCACAUGAAUCAAUCUGCAGAAGGUCCACAUUGAAGCUUCUUGGUCUUUAGGAUCCUUACAGCCCUAAACUUGGGCCUGUAGUUUAUGGUUCAUGAUAACCUACAUAAGGUCAUUUCCCAAGAUGUGCUCUCCUGCUGAAGCUACACCUCAGAUAAAGGGCAGAAGUUGAAAGAGUUGCAAAGAGGGAAAAUAGGUAUAAUAUGAAGAAAUUGCAGUUAUGCAUAUUCCUGUCCUUCCUUGUCUUGCCCAAAGCAAUAUGCAGCCUAAACGUAAAGCUCCAAGAGCACCUGAUGGUAAGAUGUAGCAUUAGUUCAUGCCAAGUGAAUGUGAUGUUUAGAGAAAAUCACAAAGGGCUGGUAACAAGUGACUACAUUCACAUCAGUGUAGUAAGAGCCUUAGGGUAUAUCUUUUCUGGGCAAGGCAGGGCUUUUUGAUGACUGUGGAAAUACCCUAAGCUGUGAUUUGUAUCAUUUCCCUCUGGGGCACAUGCUGCUUUUCCUGCUUUGUGUUCACUGCUCAUGGUGAAGCAGAGGACAAAAUGAAUUGUGUGGCUGUGUGAUGGGUGAAUGUGCCCUUUAGUGUCUGAGGAGCUGCAGUGGAGCAGUCCUUAUGAUGCAGUGGUGCUGGAGGGAGCACUCUGUGCUGGUGCCCCUCUCAAGUGGUUUUCUCCAGUGCCGCCUCCUCGGUGGCAGGCAGUCACUUGACACAAGUUUCCUGGUGGCUUCCAGCUCGCUGUUGCCAGCCAUGUCUCCCUUUCUGCAGGCAGGCUGUGCUCUGCCAAGAGCAGUGGAGCAGUUUCACUACCUGCUGUGGCCGGACCACGGGGUGCCCAGAAACCCGUCACAGCUGCUGGGCUUGGUGGAGGUGGUGAACAAGAGGGUGCUGGAGGCACCUGCAGGACCCGUGCUGGUGCACUGCAGUGCAGGCAUCGGGCGCACAGGUACCUUCAUCGCCCUGGACUUCCUCCUGAAGAUGGGCAAGGCUGAGGGGAAGGUGGAUGUGUUUCACUGUGUGCAGCAGCUGCGGGAACAGCGGGUCAGCAUGGUGCAGACCAAGGAGCAGUACAGCUUCCUGUACGAGGCGCUUCUGGAAGGUUUGCUCUGUGGCAGCACCGGGGUGCCCGUGGAGAGCAUCGCCAGUCUCGUGCGCUCCCUUCGAGACGAGGAGACCUCAGGCUGCAACAGCAUCCUAGAGAAGGAGUUCAAGGCCCUGCAGAGAUUUUCUGAGUUGUUCCAGCUCCUGCCAUGCAGAGAAGCGGAGAAACCCAGAAACCAACCCAAGAACCGCAAGCCAGGGAUCCUGCCAGCGGACUCCUGCCGGCCCAUCCUGAUGUCCUCGGUGAACGCAGACGGUUCGCCAGCUUACAUCAACGCCGUGUUUGCCAGUACGUACACCGAGGAGGAGAGAGUCAUCAUCACGCAGCUGCCUUUCCCCACCACACUGGUGGAUUUCUGGGCUCUGGUCUGGGAUUACACUUGCACAUCGGUAGUUGUGCUGAAUCAACUCCGGGAGCUGGACAAGACAUACGUGCAGUUCUGGCCCAGCCAGGGCGAAGAUGACUACGGCCGCUUCCAUGUCCAGCUGAUCUCAGAGGAGCCCGGGGCUGGCUUCACAACCUGGACACUUGUCCUCAGCAACAGGCAGCAGCCCAAAAAAUCUGCAGUGGAAAUCCGGUUACAUCAACUGACAGACUGGCCCAUGCAGCAGCCCCUUCCCCCACACCCUGACACCAUCAUCAGCCUGCUAGGGAAGGUGGAGACACACCAUCGGCAGAGCCAGGAUGGACACAUCCUUGUCACCUGCUGGGAUGGAGCCAGCCGGAGCGGGAUCUUCUGUGCUGCUGGUUUCCUGUGUGAGCAGAUCCAAAGCGAGGGCAUGGUGGAUGUAUCCCAGGCUGUGAGGAUGCUGAAGAGGAGGCGGAGACAGUUCAUUAAAAAUGUGGUAGGUGCUGACUUCAAACCCAGCUGGAUGGCAGCACCAAAAUGAGCAUGAUCUUACAUU